GAAUGUCAAACAAGUCUGAAAGGUGAAAGAAUUUUCGAUUUCUGCGAGUUUCUGGAACCAAUCAAUUUUUUUUUGAAUUUACUAGUAAAGUUCAAAAUAUUUGAAUAUUAUCAAAGUGAAUAACUAAAUCAAGUUUCUCAAACAAUGGUCGACUACAGCAAAUGGAAAGAUAUCGAAAUUUCCGACGAUGAAGACGAGACCCAUCCAAACAUUGAUACCCCAUCAUUGUUUCGAUGGCGGCACCAGGCCCGUGUGGAACGCAUGGAAGAGCGACGCCGCGAGAAAGAGGAACUGGAGCAAAGAAAGAAAGAAAACCAACGACGUCUAACCGAGACCAGGAAAAAAAUAUCGGAAGCUGAUGCAGACAGCCCUAAUCUAAAUUCAUUAAAAAAGACGCUAGCUGAGCUUGAGAAUGAUGAAAAAAAAUUACUGAAAAAGGAUGAAGAACUCAGGAAAAAAGACAAGCAUACGCCAUGGAAUGUAGAUACCAUUAGUGAGCCGGGUUUCAAUAAAACAGUGAUUAAUACAAAAGCAUUAAGACCCAGCAAUGAAAACCUCACUGAAGAGGAAAAAGAAGCUAAAAUGAAGAAAUUUAUCAAAGAGAAUGAGAAAUUUUUGAAGCAAUUUGGAUUGCUCCGUAAAUAUGAGGACUCCACUAAAUUUUUGCUGGACCAUUACCAGUUAGUCUGUGAAGAAACUGCCAAUUACCUUGUCAUCUGGUGUAUUAAUUUAGAAAUGGAGGAGAAACAUGAUCUAAUGUCCCAUGUGGCCCACCAGACUAUUUGCAUGCAGUACAUAUUGGAACUGUCCAGACAAUUGGAUGUGGAUCCAAGAGCUUGUGUUGGCUCUUUCUUUUCAAAAAUACAAACUGCAGAACAAGCUUAUAAAGAUGCUUUCGAAGAUGAGUUAAAGCAAUUUAAAAUUAGAAUCAAGAAGCGUGCUGCAGAAAAAAUUCAGGAAGCCAUAAAAGAGGCAGAGGAAGAAGAAAGAAAGGCCAGGCUGGGACCUGGAGGAUUGGAUCCUGUAGAAGUUUAUGAGGAGCUGCCUGAUGAAUUGAAAAAGUGCUUUGAUGCCCAAGAUGUUCCAAUGCUGCAAGCUACCAUUGCCAAAAUUCCUCAAGAAGAAGCAAUUUAUUACAUGAACAGAUGUAUAGCUUCCGGGCUCUGGGUACCUGGCAAAAAUGAUGAGGAACCCACCAUGAAGGAUUCCAAAACUGAAAAGCAUUCAGGGGAAACUUCUACCAAUGCUAAUGAUGUUGACUGAGAUUAGGUGUGUAAAUUUUACUUUCAGUGUAGAUUGAAAGUUUCAAAAUUUGAAUUUUUCAUUUUGAUGCAGAAGACUAUAUAUUUAGUUAAUUUAAGAUAAAAACCCUGUUAGUAUUAUUUUUAUAACAAAUGUCUGAGAAGUAUUCCACAAAAUAAAGUUAUCAUCGACAUCUGACAGACUCCAAUAAAUAAAGUGUACAACAUUAACACCAAAAUACAUACGUGUCUUAUGUAAGUGACAUUCAGUAAAAAUAUAUUUAUCAUUA